GUUAAAGAGGCAAAUCACAGAUGUAGAGGAUCAGAAUCGUGUUGCGUGCAGCUCGUAAAAGAGAACGAUGAAACCUGGUGAAGCUAUGAAUAAGUUUCUAACUUUGCGUAUUCUCGUGUAACAGGGUGUCCCGGUUGCUUGCUAAAGAUUUGUCAGAAUAACAAGUGACAGACUGGCUUCUCGCCGUUUCGGCGAAGGGAUUGUAAGUAAAUGAAAGCCUUGUUUGAUUUGGAGCCGUUAAACAAAGAGCUUUUCUUCCCUCAACCAUUGUUACCGAGCGGGGCGCCUGAAACUGAUUCUGGGGCGGUUUUGGACCGUUAAAGUAAGGUCUGGGGCGGCCUGUGCUCCAGUCAUGACCUCGGGGAAUGGAAACACUAACAGCAGCCAACACAAUGGAGAAAGCAAACCAGCCCAAGUUAUAGACAAGUCCCACAUUCUCACACAUCUGAUCGAAGGAUUCGUUAUCCAGGAAGGUGCCGAGCCUUUCCCUGUGGAGCGUCCAUCUUUCUCAAUAGAGAGCCUCAGAAGACACGCAGCAGACUCAAAGAUGGACGGCCUCUCAUCAAAGGAUUUGAAGACCCAGCAGGAGCCCAUGUUGACCUGCGAGCUGUGUGGCAGGGUGGAUUUCGCCUACAUCUUCAAAAGGUCCAAGAGGUUUUGUUCCACAGUGUGUGCCAAACGCUACAAUGUGGGAUGCACUAAAAGGAUGGGUCUCUUCCCAAACCGCAAGACCACCCUGGAGAACAUAAAGAAACAUAAAGCACUGAACGGAAACCAUAAAAACACCACUUUAGAAGCUAAAAAGAAGCCUGCUCCGUCUGUGCAGAAACCUCCUGCUACACCUCCUCUCUCCACUGCAUACUCAGUCCACCCUGCACAAGGAGAGUCCAGUCAAUGUUCAGACCUUUCUGGCUACAAAAGACCUCCAUCCCCGCUGCUGGCCGCCCAGCGGAUUCCUGCAAUGCAGGGCUCAGAGCUGCCCCACGGUUUCUUCCCCAGUGACCCGGGCCAGUGGAACAUAGAGGAGGUCUAUGAGUUCAUCUCCUCCCUGCCAGGUUGUCUGGAGAUCGCCGAGGAGUUCCGCUCACAGGAGAUCGACGGACAAGCUCUUCUGCUGCUGAAGGAGGACCAUCUCAUGGGAACCAUGAACAUCAAACUGGGCCCAGCCCUCAAAAUCUUUGCUCAUAUUAGCAUGCUCAAAGACUCGUAGCCCACCUCACUGCACACAUGUGGCAAAGGCAGCUCUGCUGUUACCGGACCAACAAGGUGCGCUCAGGGUCCCACGUGUCGACUCUGUUAGUUCAGCUUCCACAGCAGGACUGUUUGGAUAUUUGUCGUAUCCGCAAGAAGUUUGACUGUUCUCAACCUUCUAAACCCACCUUCUAAACCUUUAGACAACUUCACUACUUCAGGAAAACGUCAGUCCGUGGUUGGAGAGAAACAUUGUGUUAGGUAGGCUGUGUUGAGAAUACAAGUAGUUUUUAUAGAGCGUUGCUUUACUGUAGGUUUGGGCUGUUCGACUGAAGAGAUCAAAUCUGUGCUUGCUGUUUCAGCCCAGCGUUUGUAGUAAACCUAUCUGCUGUAUUAGAAGAUCAGUGUUAUCUCUGUGCAUCGUGUGCACGGUUACAGUUAGUCCUGAUCCAGGACCUUUUAAUAUCCAACACUAUCCUGCUCGACUAUUCCUACAAUUAUGGGGGGGACGUGAUGUAAGGCUGCAAAAAAAAAAAAGGGAAAACUUUUCUUGCAUAAAUGUCAGUGCAAACUAUGGAAAAGGCAGCUAUCACAUUAUAUUAAGAUGAUCCUGGAUCAGACACAACAAACAGUCCAGAGUGAGUCUUCUGUCCAGAGAGCUGGAUUAUAAUUCUUCUAAAAUAGUUUAUAACUUCCAGUUCUACAAUAUAAUUAAAAAGUUUAUAACUUUUCUUAAUCGCCACAUUGGAUGUAGAAGAUUGAGAGAAAAAGCUCCAUCUUGCUCUGAGGGGUGACUAACAGAUGGAUCUGUUCUGGUGGAAUAUACAGACUCCUUUCCUCCAUCAUCAACUGUUUCAGUACAGGGACGUGGUGUUUGUGUGGUAUUGGUAUUGAUCAUCCAACAGGACGAUUUAAGGUGGUUGUUGAUCCCCUGUCCCAGACUGAGGACUAAAGUCAUCCUGAGCGUGUUGUUACUGUGCACACAGAGAUCAAGAUAAAUCUAAAACCUGUCUGGAAAGGCCUCAUCUUAAUGUGUGGAUGCUUUAAUCCAAAAUAAGUAAA